CCAGAGCUCCUCGAAAAGCCCCACUGCAAUUAUUGUUCUCGUCAAAUCCCGCCCAUCUGUCAUUUUGCGGUUCGCCGAUUGGCCCAGCUUUCCCUGUCUAAUCUCUGAUUGGUUGCACUUGCGGCGUUCUUGGCUCCGUCCCGCUGUCACCGGUUUGGCUUUUCAUAGGCGGAUGUAAUGGUCAAUCCAUUGAACUCCACAACGUCAUUGGUCAUCUCUAUUGGACGUCAGAAGGAGGCGGGGACAUGCUGUGUGUCUGAUUUCUCCGCUGCUCGGUGGUGUCGAGCCCCGGGGAGGGUGGAGCUGCGUGACAGCGGCGGCGGGGGCCUGGGGUUAUAGAUGAGCAUUCUGGCCCCGCUCCCUCUCGCAGACAUGGCUAGUCCAGCCCUAAGCCCAGAUGAUUCGUCUUUGUCGGCAGCCCUCAGCAUCUCCCCCUCAGACUCCGAGAACCUCAGUCCAGAUGAACUGGAGCUGCUCAGCAAGCUGGAGGAACAGAACAGGCUCCUGGAAGCUGACUCCAAGUCACUGCGAAGUGUUACUGGAUCCUGCAGGACCAGCGUCACCUCCCCGGGGCCACCACCUUUGGACCAGGACAGCUGGGAGUUAUGGGGACGCAUUGUCACCCACUGGGAGGAGUGGACCAGGAGAAAGGAGAAGCUGCUGAAGGAGCUGAUUCGGAAGGGGAUCCCACAUCACUUCAGAGUCAUGGUAUGGCAGAUGUUGUGUAACGCAACAGACAUGCCAGUGAAGAAGCAAUAUGCCGACCUACUGAGAAUGUCCUCACCUUGUGAGAAGCUGAUCCGCAGAGACAUCGCUCGAACCUACCCUGAACAUGACUUUUUUAGGGGACAGGACAGCUUGGGGCAGGAGGGGCUGUUCAAUGUAAUGAAGGCAUAUUCACUGAUAGACCGGGAAGUGGGUUACUGCCAGGGCAGUGCCUUCAUUGUGGGCCUUCUUCUUAUGCAGAUGCCGGAGGAAGAAGCCUUUUGUGUGUUUGUGCGGCUGAUGCAGGAAUAUAGGUUACGGGAACUCUUUAAACCCAGUAUGGCUGAGCUGGGCCUAUGUAUAUAUCAGCUGGAGUAUAUGUUACAGGAACAGCUCCCGGAGCUGAAUCUACACUUCCGCUCUCACUGUUUCCACACCUCAAUGUAUUCCUCUUCCUGGUUUUUAACCCUGUUUCUCACCACCUUCCCCCUGCCUGUGGCAACCCGUAUCUUUGAUAUCUUUAUUUACGAGGGACUGGAGGUCAUAUUCCGAGUAGGGAUGGCAAUACUGACUGUAAACCAGACGGAGCUCAUGCAGCUGGACAUGGAAGGGAUGUCACAGUAUUUUCAGAAGGUUAUCCCACACCAGUUUGACAGCUGCCCUGAUAAACUCAUCCUCAAGGCCUACCAAGUCAAGUACAAUCCAAAGAGAAUGAAGCGACUGGAAAAAGAAUAUGCUGCUAUUAAAAGUAAGGAGAUGGAGGAGCAAAUUGAAAUCAAGAGAUUAAGAACGGAGAAUAGACUUCUGAAGCAACGUAUUGAAACUCUAGAAAAGGAGAGUGCUGCAUUAGCGGACAGGCUCAUCCAGGGUCAGGUGACACGGGCGCAGGAGGCAGAGGAGAACUACGCCAUAAAGCGAGAGCUGGCUGUAGUAAAGCAGCAAUAUUACACAGCAACUGAAAAUCUACAGAGUGCCCAGAACCAAAUCCGCCAGCUACAGGAUAAACAGAAUGAUCCAAGGGGGACUUCAGAGUUAGUCAGCCAUUUGGAGUCGGAGGUGGAGAAGGCACGGCUAAGAGAAGCUGAGACUUUGGAAGCACUGAAAGAAAUGCAGGACAAAGUGGUGGAGCUGGAAAAGCGGAACAGCGCUCUCCCAGAUGAGAACAAUGUUGCGAUGCUCCAGGACGAGGUCCAGAUUCUGCGGAGAAGAGAGGCUCAUGCUCUACAGGUCAUGCGUGAGGGACAGCAACAAGUGACUGAACUGACAGACCGUUGGCAGGCCCUGUCUUCACGGGGAGGUGGCAUUUGGAAAGACUCGCCUCGUAAGAGCGCCACUGGAGACCUGCAGGAUGAAGUCAUGUCUUCUCGGUUACGAGAAGUCCAGGCUCAGAGCGAAACCCGCGAACUUCGCCAGAGGGUACUCAUUCUGGAAAGUCAGGAGGCGAUGCAUGACAAACAGCUAUCCCGGCUGGAGAAGGAGUGUAAGGAGCUCAGAGAGCGGUUGCAAAGCGAGGCAACACAGAACAAGACCCUGCAGACCAAAAUAAAUGAAGAUAAGAGGAAACAUGCAGUGACGGAGUGUAAGAAUAAAGAAGAGGUGAUGGCGGUACGGCUGAGAGAAGCAGACAGCAUGGCCGCCGUGGCUGAGAUGCGUCAGAGGAUAGCUGAGCUGGAGAUUCAGAAAGAAGAGGGGAUGAUCCAGGGAAAAUUAAAUGACUCCGACUCUUCACAGUACAUCCGAGAACUGAAGGAUCAAAUUGAUGAGCUGAGGCAUGAGAUUCUCCUUCUUCGAGGUCACAAACCUUAUUCUGGCCCAAUGGCCUUUGAUGGACUGCACAUCUCCUCUUCAGGACGGGAUGAUGAUGACUCUCUUCCUUCCUCUGAUGAAGAGCUUCUUACUCGCCCUCUUGGAGCUUUGCAAGAUGCGCUUUAUUCUCAUUCACCCCACAAGUCCUGUUUCCUAAGGCCCAUGAGAAGUUCUGUCAGCUCUGACAGUGAAGAAGGUGUAGAAACCAAUGGAGCCACUUCCGAUACACCCCCUGAGCCCGCCGAAGAGGAAUAACAUAGGGAAAAGAGGAGGCUGAAGCUCACAGGGGGGAAUCCAUGUUGGAAUCUUCCUUUGAUGCUAUGGAAAGACUGAUGCCUUGAAAACAGCAGGAGCUUGGUUGUUCCAUGCUGAAUAAGCAACCUAAGGGUACGUAAUGGGUGCUUUAACUGCUCCAUAUCUCCCCAAAAAGGGGACCAGAGGAGUAGACACUCCAAUUAACAAGUAUGCCAACCUGCGCUCGACUGUUGCAAGGGAGCUUGGAAAACAGACCCGAAGGGUCGUAUUGACAUUCUUGAAAUCCUGUAUAGUGUUUUAUUUUCACAUCUAACACUAACCUGAAAAGCGAAUCAGCACUGUUUAAGCUUUACAUCCACAGAACACUAACCAGCACGUCUACUGGAGGUAAGCAGUGGCAAACUGGAAUCUAACACACAUUAACACUUGCAAUAUUUCAGGUCUGUUAUUUCAGUAUUAGGUGGAUCCUAUUCCAGCUGCCUAUCUCUAUUUCUUGGGAUGCAGAGUAUAGAAUCAGAAUCAAUGCAGACCAAUGUGACUGCCGGGUCAGUACACAGGACAGUAUUGGUGUCAAUAUAAUGAAGAAAACUAUUGGCAUGCUAGACCAAUGCCUGGUAUUAGACCAGCGUCUUUGUGUAAGAAACCUUACACCCCCAAACACACUUCCUCCAAUGUUUUUCUAAACUUGGUAAUGCCUCAUCAUAGACUAGUAAAAUUAGCCUGUCAUUAUAAUAGAGUUUGACAUAAGUCACUAAAAAAGCCACACCUUGACUGUUAAAGUGGAACUCCAGCCAAAACCUUUUUUUUUCUGCUUUGUAAUAUGGCGGUUGUUCUAACCCUUCUAUACUCAAAGAUUUAUUAGAAAAAAAAAUUUUGGGAUAGAUUUCCACUUUGACUUGACCAAAGAUCGUAAUUGCAGGCUCUCUAUAAAUUCCACUUUGGGAUGCAGAAUGGUGUGCUGGAACUGAUUUAGAUACAACAUUUGCAUAUAGUGCACAUCUGGGUAUUGGACAGGGGAGGAUUGGGAACACUUUGGUCUGGGUGACAACCAAGUUAUUUCAUGGUAGAGACAGAUGUAUUUUCCAAGGUCGGCUCCCUUUGCAGCUCAACGCAUUCGGUCACAUGACAUCUGCGACCACUGCUAGGCACUAUGAUCGUACGUUGAAAAAUGUAGCUUUGUAAUGCCCAUUGUGUGUCACUGACUGCAUAUCCUACUUUGAGCAAUGCCGGAAUGGUGAAGAUUGUCAACUUAGGGCAAUCAGCCCAACAUAUCUUGCUAGACCUGGCUUAAGGGAAAAUGCCCUCCUGACCCCCAUCCUGGUCCUCCUCUAGUAUUAGCACUACAGGGGCAUUCAGAAGGAUUCUAGAAUGCCAGAAUGUGUCAUUGUUACUACUGAACACCUCCGUAGGACACAGCCCAGGAAGUCUAAUGCCCCCGUACACACAAUCGGAAAUUCCGACAGCAAAAGUCCGAUGUGAGCUUUUGAAUGGAAAUUCUGACCGUGUGUA